CAUUGUUGUUUGAGAGGGAAAAAAGUCAAUUAACACUAGUAGCUAACGUAAGCCUUAGAUAGAACUUUAGCCUGCUUGAUAUUGUCUACUGUAACAACGUUACUGACUUUCACAGCGCAGCAAAGCCACAACGAUGAAGAGUUUAAAGUACCGCCUGAAAAAGCACGAAGUUACCAUCACUAACACAGACUGGAACAAGUAUGAUGAUCGGCUGAUGAAGGCGGUGGAACGCGGCGAGGUGGACAAGGUGGCCGCCGUGCUGAGCAAGAAGGGCAUCAUCCCCACCAAGCUGGACGUGGAGGGGAGAUCUGCCUUCCACCUCGCUGCGACCAGAGGCCACGUGGACUGUUUAAACCUCAUCUUGGGCCACAGCGUGGAUGUCACUGCCACCGACGCCACUGGGAAAAACGCCCUGCAUUUGGCUGCAAGGAACGGCCAGUCAUUAUGUGUUCAGAGGCUCUUACAGUACAAUUGUCCUGUGGGAAACGUGGACCUGCAGGGAAGAUCUGCGCUGCAUGAUGCCGUGAUGGCGGGCUGUGCCUCCAGUGUUAAGUUGCUCUGUGAUAGUGGGGCUUCGGUGAACACCAGUGAUUUUGAUGGGAGGACUCCUCUGGUGCUGGCCACUCAGAUGUGCCACCCACGGAUCUGCCAGCUGCUGCUGGAGCGCGGGGCAGACAUCACCGUCCGCGAUAAACAGAACAAGACGGCUCUGAUCCUGGGCUGUGAGUACGCCUGUAGGGACGCUGUGGAGGUCCUGCUAAGAAGCGGCGCGGACGUCACGGCCACCGACGGCGCGGGCCACGACAGCUACCACUACGCCCGCAUCAGCAAGAACCAGGAACUGGUGGCACUGGUCAGGAGCUACCUGGACAGCACCAACAAAGCUAAAGAAGCCGCAAGGAUGGAGCUGAAGAAGAGACAGCAAUCAGUGGAGGUGAGUUUAGAUCCUGCUUCAAAUACAAACAAGGAUCAGAUGAUACAUGAUCUGGAGAGGCAGAACGAGAGCCAGCAGGAGUCGCUGAGGAAGUUUCACCAGGAGCAGAGGGCCCUGAUGGACCAGGUCAACAUGCUGCAGCAGCAGCUCAGCCAGGAGAAGUCCACCGUGGAGGACAUCCACAUGGAGAGGGAACAGCUCAGGCAUCUGCUGACGGCCAGAGGAGAGGAUGGGGCUCGCGCUGUGGAGACAGUCAAGGUGCAGAUGAAGUCCCACCUGGGGGAUUACUCUGGCCAAUCUGUUAUCAAAGGAAAAGAGAACAUUCUGGUGAGGCAGUCCCACAGCCUGGAUUCCGCUCAGGUGCUGCAGUCAGCGGCGCCGACCCGCUCCGUGUCGCGCCCCCUGGAGCUGACGAGGACGCCGUCGCUGGCGUCGUCGUCGGGCGGCGAGGCGGAGGGCCUGCGGCGGGAGCUGGACGCGCUGCGGAGGAGGCAGGAGGCUGCGGAGGAGGAGGCGGCGCGGCUGCAGGCGGCGCUGAGCCACAAGGCCCGGGAGUGCGAGGAGCUGGCGGCCAGCCGCGACGCCGCCAAGCGCGAGGCCGACCUGCAGGUGCGGCAGCUGGAGGAGGCGCUGGGCGACGUGCAGCAGCGGAUGCUGGACUCGGAGGCCAAGGUCAAGCAGCUGCAGGCCCACGUGGUGGCGGUCAAGGAGCACCUGAGCAACCAGCUGGUGGAGGACCUGAGGACGCAGCUGGGCGACGUCAAGGGCAAGUACGAGGGCGCGUCGGCCGAGGUGGGCCGCGUGCGCAACCACCUGAAGCUCAGCGAGAAGGCGCUGGAGGAGUACAAGAAGAGCGAGGGCCAGCUGGCGGUGGAGGCCGAGCGGCUGACGCAGGAGCUCAACCUGCUGAAGGAGGAGCGCGAGGACAUGGCGGAGACCCUGGUGGACAUGGAGGCGCACGUCAAGGAGGUGGAGGUCCGGCUGUCGGCCAUGGUGCCCUCGGAGAAGUUCGACAACAUGAAGAACCUGCUGACCAACGCCGUGGACGAGAAGGAGAAGCAGAUCGCCGAGCUGCGGGAGGACUACGACCGCGUCCUGGAGGAGGUGGCCGAGCUCCACCGCGAGAUGGACCACCGCAGCGGCCCGGCGGCGCUCACCGUCCCCCUGCAGGAGCACGAGCGCGUGCGGGCGGCCCUGGAGGAGCAGAGCGCCUCCCUGAGGAGGAAGCUGGCCGACCUCACCGCCAAGAGCCAGGCGCUGAUCCAGGAGGUGGAGGAGAGCGAGGAGGAGCGCGAGGUCCUCCGCGAGCAGCUGGACGACCUCCGGGACCAGAUCCAGAGCGAGUUCGUGCCGCUGCAGUCCCACGAGGACGUCCAGAGGUCGCUGGGCCGGGAGCUGGACGAGCUGAGGGAGCAGCUGGACGAGGCGUCCGAGAGGAAGCGGCUGGCCGAGGAGGAGCUGCGGCGGGUCCGGGACGAGAAGGCCUCGCUGUGCGAGAACGUCACGCUGCUGCAGAGCACCCACGUGUCCGGCGAGCGCUUCCGGAGCGAGGUGGACGCGCUGACCGCGCGCCACGCCGAGCUGGAGCGGGAGCUGGACGCCGCGCGGCGCGGGAGCGAGGAGCGCGAGAGGGAGCUGAGGGAGGCGCUGGCCGAGAAGGAGGCGCUGGAGCAGAGCCUGCGGGGACGCGAGGCGUCCAGGGAGGACUACGAGGGGGCGAGGGCCGAGCUGACCGCCGCCCUGGACGAGUCCAAGAAUCAGAUCUCCGCGUUGGAGAAGAGCGGAGAAGCGAGGGAGGAAGAGUUGCGGAAGGUGGAAGAAGGAAGUGCCAUGUUGAAGGAGGAGCUGGAGAAAGUUCAGAAAGUUCUGGAAAAAGACUAUAUCAGCCUCGGCGACCACCAAGCGGUCACUAGCACGCUGAGCAGUGCCUUAGCCGAAGCCGAGGAGAGGGCCAAGGAGGCGCUGUCCAGACACCAGUCGGCUCAGGACGACACGGCGAAGCUGCACGAGGAGAUCGAGGCGCAGAAGAGGGAGCUGGACACGAUCCAGGAGGCGAUCCACGUCAAGUUCGUGCCGCUGGCCGCGGUGCAGGAGAAGGAGAGCGGCUACGAGGCCGCGCUGAGGGACUUGAGCGAGCAGCUGAGCGGGACGCAGGACAAGUACGAGCGGGAGAAGGCGGAGAGUGAACGUCGGAAGCGCGAGACGGAGAGGCUGGAGGCCGAGCUGCAGGAGGCCCUGCGCAAGCUGGCGGCCGACCUGGAGUCCGGCGAGGGCCGGCGGGACGAAGAGGAGGAGAAGAGGAAGGGUCAGUCGGAGGAGGAGCUGAGCCUCAAGCUGGUGGACCUGGAGCAGCAGUACAAGGAGGUGACGGUGCAGCGCGCCGAGCUGGAGGAGCAGAACGCGCUGUGCGCCACCGAGAUCCAGGCUCUGCAGCGCCGCCUGGAGGGCGAGUACGUGCGGCUGGAGCGCUUCGAGGCGGCGCAGCAGGCGCUCACCGACAGCCUGCAGCAGGCCCAGGAGCAGUGCCAGCAGGCGCAGGCCGCACAGCGCCACGAGGCCGAGCGGGCGCGCCAGCUCGAGCAGGAGCUCAACGCCCGCGGCGGUGGCGACACAGCGGCGGUCGACGAGGAGCAGGAGGAGGCGCGGCGGGCGCUGGAGCAGGAGGUGGCCCGGCUGCGCCAGGCGCUGCGCGAGGAGGCGGACGGCAGCGCCCAGCGGGCGGAGGACGUGGCGGCGCUGCAGAGCGAGCUGCUCCGCGCCACCCAGGCCCUGGAGGAGCUGCGCGGGCGCGAGGAGGGCGAGGUGGCGCCGCUGCGCCGGGACAAGCAGCGGCUGGAGGAGGAGGCGCAGGAGCUGGGCACCAGGCUGGCGGCGCUGCACGAGCAGUACGAGGAGCUGUACCGCGAGACGGCCGCGCGCAGGGACGCCGAGGGCCAGGCGCGCGCCGAGGCCGACGCCCUGCAGGCCAAGAGCGCCGCCAUCGAGGGCGAGAUCGGCGAGCUCAAGGAGCGCUACGACGGCUCCCUGCACACCAUCGGCGAGCUGCAGAAGAGGAUCCAGAUGUCCUCCGAGCAGACCGAGGCCAAGGACAAGCGGAUCACAGAGCUCCUGGCAGACGUGGAGAGGCUGAAGCAGGCGCUGAACGGUCUGUCCCAGCUGGCCUACUCUGGCAGCGCGCCCAACAAGAGGCAGGCGCAGCACAUUGACGCUCUCCAGGCCCAGGUUAAAAGCCUGCAGCAGCAGCUGGCUGAUGCUGAAAGGCAGCACAGGGAAGUUGUCUCCAUUUACCGAACUCAUCUUCUCAGCGCCGCUCAGGGGCACAUGGAUGAGGACGUCCAGGCGGCUCUCCUGCAGAUCAUCCGUAUGCGGCAGGAGUUUGUGUGCUAGAGGGAGCACGGCGGCAGCACCACCACCAGCAUCCCACAAUGCACUGCACGGCCACAUGUGGGGCCCACCCAAACGUAGCAACCCACGUAGAUCCGCGUUAGCGUCAAGCGUCAUACGCCUGUCCAGGGUCAGGAGAGAGCCACAUGUAAAGAGAAGUGACCAGGAGCUGUGGGGCUAACAGCCACUACACAAGUUAGCUUAGCAUGUGCACAAUUAGCAGGUGUGUUGGGAGUGCUUAGAUCACGUUAAACGGGGCACGUUCAAGAUGCUCAGGCAUGCAUGUUGGAAACGAAACGUGGUUGGGAAGUAGAGUAGGAAUGUGAGAGGAAGUGAGGAAAGAGAGAGGAAGUGAGCGCUGCACUUGAAGCAGAGGGAGGGGGUGGGUGAGUGAGUGGGUGAGUAGAGUGGAGCUCCUCGUGGCUGUUUAGAGGGGGAGUGAGGUUGGCGUUACGCGAGUGUGCGUGUGAGUGCAGUUUUUGGCAAUCGAGUCACGUCAAUGUCAUGACGCCUCUGACGGGAUUAGAAGUUGCGGUCGACUUUCCCUCCGUGGUGCCCUCCCAUGACCCUUUACACACACACACACACACACACACACACACACACACACACACCCUGCCUGCCUGCCUGCCUGCAUCUGACUAUCAACCCCUCACCCUUUACACACACACACACACACACACACACACAAACACAUACACUGGAGAGAGAGAGAGAGAGAGAGA